AUGAGUAAUUUCCAGGAUGAACAGAACUUAAAUCGUGUGCACCAACUGAUCGAUGAGUUUUUUGACUACUACAGUAUGGACAAGACCAGAAAUAGUUUGGCUGAAGAGUGGCAAAUGGUAAAAAAUGAAAGAACUGGUUUUAGAGAUGAUUGGAAGGUUUUUUUACUUAAAGCCUUUGAUAAAGGUGACUUCCAGGACUUUCGUAAUUGCUGGAACGACCACUUCGGUGGAGAUUCCGGGGAGACCAUGAAAGUUCGACCUUUAGAAUUCUAUUUGCAGCUUUAUUUUAUCACUGUCAACUGGGAUUCAGACUCUGAGGUCAAACGGAAAGAGCGUCUUCAAGACUUCCGAGAAUUUCUGGACACAAAGGGCAAAGUGUUGAGUCAGAUUUCCGAGUUCCUACCAUUCUUUGCAUUCCCGUACGUAGAAAAUCCAAAACUGCACCCAGUAUACCGAGAGUUAUUUGAACCAGACUGGAAUGGUGAAUUAAAGCGCAAACUGAUGGCUUUUCUUGAACCUUCUAAAGAUGAUAAGCGCCUGCUGCCGAAAAUACUGUCUUUAUCAUCCCGACCCAAGGAGGUUCCAAACAAUCAGGAAAGGCAACUGCAGAAUCGCCUCGCAGACGCUGAGCGACGGGUAGCCCAAUCCCAUCAGCGUUUCACCAAAAUCCAGAAUGACUAUCAGACCCUGCUGGGGAUCACCACGGAUCUGGUGGACACACUAGAGGGGGCACUGCGAGGCGAUCACAUCGAGCCCAAUGUGUUGCAGCAGAUCUGCUCACGUCUUGUCGCCUCUCAACGUGCUCCUGGUGGUGGUGUAGGUAGUAGUGGUGCCUUUGGAGACACCCUCACGCAGGCUCACACCUAUUCCACCAAUUUCAGCUACGGUGACACGCUUCGACAGUCACUUUCUCUGCGACUCCCGCAGGAAAGUGGGGGAUAUCAGCAAGAAUGGGGAACAGCGGAGCUUGAUUUUGACAAGAUAAAUGACGCUCUAAAGGGUCCAAAUCAGACACAAAUCUGGCGUCUUUUACAGGCCCUUCGAUGGCGCCUAACCAAGACAAACGUCGAGCUGCGAGAGGCCUAUCUGACCGAGUUCAUCGGUCACGACCUCCUCGAUUUAACCCUCUGGAGUGAUGACAGCCGUCGACAGCACCACUUGAGCGUGCUGGAGCACUGUCUCUGCAGCGUGUCCCCCAAGGUCACUGAAACGACCUCCCGAUUAGUCAAUGCGCUGGCUUCCCUAUCUCGUGGCCGCGCCUACCUCGCUCAAAAUGUUGCGGUGGUCACUCUACUGAGUCAAGAGAUUUUCCGUCUCGAAGGUGGUCACGAAUCCGCCACAAGGGAGAAUCUUAUUGGUGCUUUACAGAAACUCAGUCUCAGGUUACUGACCUAA